AUGUCGGAUUUAUUGAAAGAAAUUAUAGAUGGACUCCCGAAGUUACUCCACGUGCGCGAUGAAGACGGAGGGACACCAAUGCACGCUGCAGCGUCGGUUGGAGAUGAAGAUGUAAUUGGCCUCUUGCUGGAGAAAUGCCCUUAUCUCGCCCUUCAAACGGACAAUAACGGCUCCUACCCGAUUCACAUCGCUUGCGAAGCCGGCUACACCUGGGUAAUCGAACGGUUACUAAAGGACACGUGGCCCGACCUGGCAGAGAUCAAAAACAAAAAGCGUCAGAAUAUUCUUCACGUUGCAGCCAAGGGCGGGAACCACUGGGCGGUCGACCGCGUAUUAGAAAAAUACAGCGAGCCCGAUACCAUCGAGAAGCUGGUGAAUGCGAAAGAUGACGAUGGAAACACACCCCUCCAUUUGGCAUCGAUGCACAACCAUUGCGAAGUUAUGCGCUCUUUGACGAAGGUCAAAAGAAUUCGCUUGGCGCUUCGGAACAAUGAUGGGUUGACCGCCCUGGAUGUGGCCAUGGAAUCCAGAAGCUUGCUGACGAGAGAUCCAGCGUUAGUAGGACGUGCGAUUUUGAUUGUCGUUGGUGUGCCACGAAGCGAAGGUCGAGACGUUCUGUUGCCGAGAGAACAAGGUUAUGGAGCGAGCAAAUCGUCUGCCGCCGAAUGGAUCAAGGACCAGGUCAAUACCUUAUUGCUAGUGGCCACACUUGUGGCCUCCGUCACGUUCACUGCAGGCUUAACCUUGCCUGGUGGAUAUAAUGCUUACGAUGAGCCACACCCGGGAACAGCGACCAUGUUGCACCACAGAAUGUUUCGAGUUUUCAUAAUUGCCAACAUGUUAGCCAUGUACAGCUCCAUUCUUGCAGUCAUAGUCCUCCUCUGGAGUCUCAAUAGAGAUUUCUACGUUGCAGAACUAGCUUACCACUCAGCAGGGCCAUUAUUGUUGAUGGCUCUCACCGGCAUGUCAGUGGCUUUUUUUGCGGCCAUAAUUGUAGCAGUGAGCAGACUUACUUGGCUAGGGAGCCUUGUUAUGUCCGUCGGAGUCCUUUACCUCGCGAUGGUCGUGGUGGUUUUAGCAGCCUUGAUAUUCCCCUCCUCCAAGACUACUAUGUUUAUUGUGGUCUUUUACUAUACAGUGUCGAAGUUUGCAAACAUGUAUUUUGAUUACGAGAGUCCUCCUAAGAAUUUCGUCGGCCUUUGUUCGUCUUCCGUCGCGCGGGAUGUCGCCGCGGCGAACUCGAGGCCGAAGCACAUAUCGCCCUCGGACGUGAGCCGAAUCGAGUUCACGGACGAGUCCGUGGAGGAGAUAGAGCCUCGGUUCCAGGCCGCAUUCGAGGUGAUGGAGGAGCUGGGGAAGGGCGCGAUCGCAAACCCCGCCCAGACGAGGGCCGCAUGGUCGGGCACUACUGGUUGA